AUGCAGGGCAUUUGCUCGCAUGCACAUGUAGUGUUUGCAAGCUGUUUUGUCAGGAUGCGUGAGUUUACUCCUUCUGGGCAGUUGGUUUCCACGGGCAUCAUUCAAGACCACGGGUUUCAUGUGGGCGACAACAUUUUCAGAAAGGCAGACAAGGUGUCGGGUGAGAUUGUGCAAAUGUUUUCGAACAACAUCAUUCUCAAGGGCACUGACGGGUGUGAAUACACGUUGCCUGUCACAGAGCUUGUGUCGGGUGAAUGGAAGCAUGAAGCAAAGCAGCAGGCCCCUCAAGAGGUGAAGGAACCUGAUGCUUGGCGAGCGGCCAUUGAGGAAGGUGCCAUGAAGGCGCAGGUUGUCCAAGAGAUUUACGCUGCGGUGGAGAAGCUGCCUGAUGUCACAAAGGAUCUGGGCGCGAUGCAGAAGCCGAAGGGAGUCAUUGCAAAGACCGAGUUCGCGAAGCACAAGUGUGUAUUGGUUCCAGUGACCACCAAGAUUGAACUUGCGACUGACCCAGACAAAGCACCUGCAGCGUCUCCACAGUGCAUCUUCCUUGACUCCCGCAAAACCAGUGAAGGGAAGAAGAUUGAUCUUUGGCUACAAGCUCCUGGGAGUUACCCAGUGGCAUUUUGGCAGAUGAAGACCUUCAGGAAGGAGGAUGAAUGCAACAUGGAGAUCUACAGGGUCAAGGGCAAAGUGGCGCAUGCGCGCAACACAGUGGCCUUGAAGGCACAGGACACGUUGAUCCUAUGGCGUCCUGACAUCACCGAAAAGGCUCCUUCACCUUUGAGCCUGGUCUCGGACAGGCCGGCCAAGAGAGUGAAGGCCCGAGCAUCGGCGUGA